AUGGCUUUCCCCUCCAUCCGGGAACCUACUAAAGAAGAAAAAAGGAUGUAUUUCAAGAAUGUCAAAGCUGCUAAGACAACCGCCACCAUCCUGUUGGCGCUUUUCUUCUGUUGGCAGCCUUACUGUUAUUUCAUCAUCGUCGAAACCAUUCUAGGGAAAGAAUCGUUUCCUUGCAAAGUUUACAUGUCGUUGUUGUGGUUGGGCUACCCUAAUUCAGCGCUUAAUCCCUUUUUGUACGCCUUCAGCAACAAUCGUUUUAAGUUCUAGUAUAUCACAUAAUACGAAAGCACGAGAAGGCUCUAAGCAAUACAAAGCAUAAUUCAUCCGAAUAACUCACGAAUGAACAACAAGAGAUGUAUCUGAAGAAUAUCAAGGCAGCCAAAAGGAGCUCGGUAUCCGUGUUGGCUAUUUUCGUCUGCUGGCUGCCAUACGCCCUUUGGCUUGUCUCUGACAUCAUUACCAGCAAAAAGUGGACAUCGUUUGACCACGAAGUCUACAUCGUGCUGUUGAUGUUUGGUUUUCUCAACUCGGCGCUGAAUCCCUUUCUGUUCGUAUUUCGGAAGAAGAACUUCAGAGCUGUGUAUGCAAAAAGGUUUUCUUCCCUAAAACAUCGAUCACACCUGUCAAUUUAGGAUUCAAAUGUCACUGAACUUGCUAGAUUUAACACGAUACUAAAACAGUGUAGUUUCAACCUAAACUUCUUAGUUAUAGCUGUUCGUUUUCUCAGCAGAGCGAAUGUUGACAAAGAGCUUAGAAGACCACUCUCCAAACUUAAAUCAGAGGGAUCUUUAAGGUUGGAUGUAAACAAACAACGAAAAAGAUAUUACAUGAGAAAAAUCCAACUGUUUAAAUUCAUACUAAAAGGCGUUUUACAGGGCACAGCUGACGAGCAGAAGCAGAACUCACCUCAACCAAAAUUAUUUCUGAUGAAAUGCAGGAUGAGAGGAUAUAGACCCAGUUCCCUAUCAGCGCGACCACUCUGCUUCCAGAUAGUUAAUUUCUUACCAAGUUGACCUUUAGAGUUUUAUGAAAUAGGUUAUAGCUAUACUGUAUGUGAAGGUGAAAUGAUUUCGACAAGACUUCACUAGAUGUCAUCUAAAGGAUGAGCUGAAGUUUGCCAAAUUGACUCAGACCGAUCAAUAUGCAUGCUUUUGUAAAGAAACUGAGAAAAUUUAAUGAAGUUUUCCCGGUCAACGUUCUGUAAUACUUAACUUUAAUUUAGGAAAUAAGUGGGAACCGCAUUAGAUGAUUUAACACAAUAAUGAUAAUUUUGAUGGAAAGCUCUCCGCCCAGUAUACAAGACAAUGCAUUAUGUCAACUCAAUCAUUAAUCUCUGAAAAAUAUAAUCUUUCAGCAUGUGUGAAAUAUCGGGUGUGAAUUCAACCAAAUAAGACGUAACAGUACAAUGAAUAUUUCUGUGUUAGCAUUGUGUUUCAGAUAUUUCAAGAUUUUAAAUUUCACGCAAUAUCCCUUUUUUUAAGCCCGAAGAGUUAUUUUUAGAAGUUUCCUCAUAUAUUUUACUGUGGCUCAGUUAUAUCAUUUGGUUGCAGACGAAAAUCUAACCCAAGUCUUUGGAGCUUUUAAGCCGCAUGGACAUGAAUUGAACCAUACAUCUUUUAAAAUGUCUGGUUCAAUUUGAAUCUGUCAGUUUUUCAUUGAAGAAAUGUAAAAUGGUUUCCGUGUUUACGUAGCCUGAUGUAAACACUUGGGAGGUUCCCAAACUCCCAAGUGUUUACAUCAGGCUAUGUAAACACGGAAACCAUUUUACAUUUCUUUUAUGAAAUAACUAAUGAAAGAGGAACGAAAACCGUGUUUACAUACGCUCAUGUAAAAUGGUUUUAUGACCAAUCAGAGCGCGCGUACUGUUUGAAUUAUUUUAUAAAGUGAUAUAGUCAUCGAAAAUUCUAGGUUUCUUUUUACAGUUUCAAUAAAUAAGGAGACGUCAGAGUGAUAUUGAGUAUGGUAUACCCUGCCAAAAUCAAGUGCCACCGGGUAAUUAAAACCUUAAAAAUAUCUCAAGCUGUAAGAGACGGCCGAUAAUCAAUUUCUUUUGGCGCUUUAUUGUGUUGAGCAAAUCGAAUACUGCAGUGACCGGUGCGUUACAAAGGUAGAAAACUCCAGUAAGCUACGGGGAAAGUUUUAGUUCAAUUCUUUACAACCUAGAGCCGCGACAUAUUUACGUUCCAAAACAGCCUCUUAAGAAUGAACAACAGUUCCGCUGCAGAUCCGUCCACCGACGAAGACGUUUUCUUUGGUUUCAGACCAGAGUUUCCGUAUCCUGUUGCAGCCUGUUACAUAGUUAUCACAGUGGUGGCGGUCUUUGGAAACGUUUUGGUCUGUUUCGCAAUACUUGCUAACCAGCAUCUCCGCCACAAUCCGACGAAUCUUUUCAUUUUUUCCUUGGCUCUUUCAGAUUUUCUCGCGGCAACGAUCGUGGUACCGUUUGAUAUAGAAUCACUUUUCCUUGACGGUGCAUGGAAUCAUGGAAGAGCAUUCUGCAUAGUUUGGCAGGUGGUGUACAUGAUAACUAUACCCAUCUCGAUUUUCAGCCUAUUGAUCAUCAGUGUGGAUCGAUAUAAAACCCUCAGUGAUCCUUUGUCGCGGUUUAAGAAUUCACAGUUCAUGACCCAAACCAGAGCUUUAAUUGUUAUAGCGAUCAUCUGGCUGUAUUGCCCACUAUGGCCGUUUUUCGUCCUCAUGGGUUGGCGAGAGGAAGGAGAAGCAGAUGAUGAUGGCAUCUGCAUACUGCCAUACACAAAGAACUAUAUCCUUGUUUCGUCCUUUCUUAAUGUUAUUCUUCCGCUGAUGAUCACAUGCUUUUUUUACGUCCUCAUAUAUCGCAUUGCUGUCAAGAACAAUCGAUCCACCAAAAGAGGCACCUUUCCUUCGACUCGAAAGCCCUCCAAGGAUGAAAAAAGGGUGUAUUUGAGAAAUGUCAAAGCGGCUAAGACGACUUCAAAGUUCGUUUUGGCGCUGUUCUUCUGCUGGCAACCUUACUUUUAUUUUGCCAUUGCUAGUGCUAUCGACGGAGAAAACUGGGAACCGUUUCCUUACGAAGUUCACCCAGUGUUGUUGAUGUUUGGUUACCUUAACUCAGCACUUAAUCCGUUUCUUUUUGCCUUUUCCAACAAAAGUUUUAAGGCUGUUUAUAAAAAGCGUAAACCAGCUGUAAAACGGGCUGAACCGUGCAUAUCGUUUCGCCGGCUCUCAACGUUUUCACAAAGCACUGUCACCUCCGAUAUUCCGGAGCUGGGAAGCGGUGUCCGUCUCCGAUCCAUA